UUUAAAAUUUCUUCCCCCUGAACCGGUGACGUGGACGGUACUUUGGAAAUUCUUAAAACUUUGACUGCAAUUUGGGAAUUGCGGUUAUUUGUAACAUUAAUUUGGGAAAGAGCUCAUAAAAAUUAUACUGGCUCCUUUUAGCCCUUUGGUUUUCAGAGCUUUUCACUUAAAAUUUAUAAGCUGCACCUCUCUCACUCUCUCUACUCUACUGAAGCGUACUCUGAUUUCCCCAUUGAAGUGGCUUGCUUCAUUGAAACAGUUCCUCAGGUUUUUGCCUACGUUUUGGUGGCCGAAAUGGGUGUUUAUGCAUGUUGAGCUCUUAAUUUUUUAUUUGCGAUAUUUCUGGUGACAGUUGGAUGAUUCAACUUUUGGUGUUCACCAGAUCAUCACCAUGUCAGGCUAGAACUUGGCAAAGGCUUUGGCGCCGUUGCUUGACAAAAUCAAAAAUUUCAAAUCCUUUGCAGGCCUCACCAAAUGGCUUUGAACAUAAGGAUAAAAAGGUGGACAUUGAGGAUCUAUUCAGGCUCUGCUUCAAUGCACAUGUUGUCAAGAGAGUUCAUGCCCUUCUUGUGGUCUCUGGAACGGCUCAAAGUAUAUAUGUUAGCACUAGGCUUAUUAAUCUUUAUGCUUAUCACGGAGAAUUGGCUUUUGCUCGUAAAACUUUUGGCAAUAUCCCUUCAAAAGAUGCUUACACUUGGAAUUCAAUGAUAGCUGCAUAUGUGCGCACUGGCUCUUGCAGUGAAGCGUUGAAUUGCUUCAAUGAGCUGAUAUUAUCAGCAACGGUUCUGCCUGAUAAUUACACCUUCCCUCCUAUCCUGAAGGCUUGUCAGAGCCUUUUGGAUGGACAGAAAAUUCACUGUAGGGUUCUCAAAGUUGGUUUUUUGUGGGAUGUUUUUGUGGCUGCUUCCUUGAUUCAUAUGUAUUCUAGAUUUGGUCUUGUGGCUGAUGCACAAAACAUUUUCACGUAUAUGCCAUUCCGGGAUUCAGCUUCUUGGAAUGCCAUGAUUUCUGGAUUUUGCCUGAAUGGCUAUGUGGAAAAAGCAUUAGAAGUUGUCAAUGAAAUGAGAUUGGAAGGCAUACAUUUGGACCCUGUAACUAUAGCUAGUAUUCUUCCUGUUUGUGCUUUCGUUGGUGACUUCUUCAGUGGUAUUAUGAUCCAUGUAUAUGCCAUAAAGCAUGGUCUAGAGCAUGAGGUCUUUGUUUCCAAUGCUUUGAUUAAUAUGUAUGCAAAAUUUGGUUAUCUGCAGCAGGCACAGGAGGUUUUUGAUAAGAUGUUAGCUAAAGACAGAGUUUCAUGGAACUCUAUUAUAUCUGCAUAUGAGCAGAAUGAAAAUGGUAUCUCUGCUAUUAGAUUUUUUAGAGGGAUGCAGUGUCAUGGACUAAAGCCUGACAUAUUGACACUCGUGAGUCUUGCUGCAAGUGUUGCUCAACUUGGGGAUUGUCAAAAUGGCAGAUUGCUUCAUGGGUUUAUCGUAAGGAGAGCUUAUCUUAUGGGUAAUGUCAUUAUGGGAAAUGCUCUUCUGGACAUGUAUGCUAAGUUAGGGAUCUUAGAUUAUGCACAGAAGGUUUUUCAUGAGAUGCCUAAUAAAGAUAUUAUAUCAUGGAACACUUUGAUCUCGGGCUACACCCAGAAUGGCCUUGCGAGUGAAGCUACAGAAGCAUUCUCUGAGCUAGAAUCCUGCAUGGAAGUAACUCCCAACCAAGGAACUUGGGUGAGUAUGCUACCAGCUUAUUCUCAUCUAGGGGCUUUGCAACAAGGUAUGAAAAUUCAUGGCCGUGUCAUUAAGAUGUCUCUUCACUUGGAUACAUAUGUAGGUACUUGUUUAAUUGACUUGUAUGGGAAAUGUGGUAGAUUAGAUAUUGCAUUAUCCUUAUUCUAUGAGGUUCCAAGUAUGAGCUCUGUGACUUGGAAUGCCAUUAUAUCCUGCCAUGGGAUCCAUGGACAUGUUGAGAUAUGUUUGAAUCUUUUUAAAGAAAUGCUGCAGGAAGGUGUGGUUCCAGAUCAUGUGACUUUCUUAGCAUUAUUGUCUGCUUGUAGCCAUACAGGAUUUGUUGACAAAGGUCAAUGGUGCUUCCAUUUAAUGCAAGAUAAAUUUGGAAUCAAGCCUAAUUUAAGGCACUAUGGUUGCAUGGUGGAUAUGCUUGGCAGAGCUGGGUUAUUAGAGAAGGCAUAUAAUUUUAUCAAGGAUAUGAAAGUGCAGCCAGAUUCUUCUGUUUGGGGUGCUCUGCUUGCUGCUUGUCGAACACAUGGAAACGUUGAACUGGCGAAAUAUGCUUCUGAUCAGCUGUUUUCCAUUGAUUCAGAAAAUGUAGGAUACUAUGUUUUGAUGUCAAAUAUUUAUGCAAAUGUGGGGAAAUGGGAAGGGGUUAAUGAGAUGAGAUCAUCGGCUUUGGGCAGAGGAUUGAAGAAGACUCCAGGCUGGAGCUCUGUUGAAGUGUGCAACAAAAUUGAUGUUUUCUACACCGGUAACAAGUCUCACCCUGAGUAUGAUCAGAUCUACAGUGAGUUGAACUCUCUAACUGAUAAAGUAAAGAGGCUUGGGUAUGUUCCAGACUACUGUUUUGUGCUACAGGAUGUGGAGGACGACGAGAAGGAACAUAUUCUUUCAAGUCACAGUGAAAGAUUGGCUAUUGCUUAUGCACUGAUAAGCACUCCUUCAAAAAGUCUUAUUAGGAUUUUCAAAAAUUUGAGAGUUUGUGGAGAUUGCCACAAUUGGACCAAGUUUGUUUCGAAAAUUUCUGAGACGGAAAUUAUUGUGAGGGAUUCUAAUCGUUUCCAUCACUUCAAGGAUGGGGCUUGCUCAUGUGGGGAUUAUUGGUGAAGCUGAUAAACUCUUGUUUAUGUCAAUUUCCAUUGCUUAUUCUGCUGGUUGAUUUUGAGCAUUUGAAUGCUGUCAUGUUAGUCUUAUUUCUGGGGGAGGAAAAAAAAAUCAAACUUAGCUUUUGAUGGCUCAAUAUUAUGUCAUAUUUCCGUUGGCACCUUUGUCAAACAAGAUAUUAAAAGCUUGAGAAUAAUGGUUAAGAUCGUGCUGCAAAAUCAUCAUAGUUUUCCACUUUCAUGGUAUUGCCUGCUAAUAAUGAUCAAAUACUUGUCAUUUUUCCCACAGUUUUGAGUGCUGUUGCAUAUCUAUAUUUCUGACCUGAUGAUCAAUACAACUGUUUAUUUCAGUUUUGAGAAACUCUGGGAAGAUGCCUUCACAAUUAUAUAUUUAUUCCAUUUGAAGAUUUUUAACUUAAUUUUUGGCCCCAAAACACUACAACAAACACUAGUUGCCAGUUUUCGCAAUGUGGCAUGCUGCAGAAGGGCAUCCAUGCCCUGUACUAUGUCUCUGGAGGUGAUUUCUUCCCCCUUGUGGAAAACGAAGGCUGCAGUCCAUUGAUGUAAUUACUUUCUAACCCGGACAGAGUGAUGAUCUUUUCCUCCUUUGUAAGGUAUUUCAGAGUUGUCAUUUUUUAGUACAGUAAUACAUACAGAACUUAUUUAUGGUGUAGAGCUACAAAGGAUAAUGUUAUAGAUGGGAUCAUGGAAUACCAUCAAAUUUUAAGCACCACUCAAGAAUUUGAUAUCAACGAUAAAUAUCAUCGAUAGAUUGAUUUAUCGUGGGAAUAAAGAGUGUUCCUCACGUUUUAUUA